AUUUCUUUCAAGGUUAACGUGCCCGGAGCCGACACCAUCAUCCUGGUGUCGAACGAGAGCAGAUACAAGAUGCACUCUACCCAGCUCAGCCUGGCCAGCGCCUGCUUCGCCGAUCUGCUGAGUGCCCCUGGACCUCUCCUCAGCCGCGAGGGCCUCCGCGUCGGUAUCCGCUACUUGAUCGUUCUGCAGGACUUUGACGAGAAGACCACUAAUAAACUCAGCAAGCCUGUCUUCAGACGUGUCCCUGUCGACAGCAAUGGACGUCCUUCACAGACAUACGCAACCAUGCACGAAAGCGACCAGAACCCUCAUAUUCGUGCCUCACUCUUCUCCGACUAUGAGAGACUGCUGCGUAUCUUUGCCAACCAGCCCAUUUCUUUUGACGACAAGACCAUUGACACCUUGCUUCCUGAUGCCAUGGGUCUGGUCGAAGUUGCUGAGAGAGCCGGCUCUGUGUCCAUGGUCGCUAAGAUAAUCGAGAGCAGCUUGCUUGCCAAGGGUCAAGACAUCUUCAGGGCCAUCUCUGCCAGCCCCAUCGUCUGGAUCGAUGUCACUUUCCGCAUCCAGUCAAAGGUGCUCUUCAAGGAGGCACUCAUCCACCUCACUGGCAAGUACAACGCUCUGGUCCUCACACCCCCUGACGAGGCUUUCGUCAACAAGUACCCCAGAGCUCGCAACAUUCUCGACCAGCUCCCACCCAACCUCCGCGAUCUGCUUGAGCGCAAGCACGCCGAGCUGAAGCAGUUUUGCCAGAACAUUGAGAAGGCUGUCAGCAGCCACUAUCCUCCUGGCAUUACCAAGACUUCUGUCACCGGCCAGGCCAAGACUGACCCUAUUGGCAGACUCGACUAUGCCAAGGACGUCUUCACCUGGGUCGGUGUGGCUUGCUACCGUCACUGGUGGGGCCAGAUGAUGGCCAGCUACGGCGGCCAUGACAUGUACCUUCGCCUGUUUAACGGCGGCCAGAACUACCUAGGUCGCGACAUCCAGAGUGGCUUUCACCAGCACUUUCCCAUGAGCGGCAAGGGCCAGAAAGUCCUUCAGCACAACAUCGACAUCAUCAAGGCUGGUGUCACCAAGGUCGUUGCUCCAUUGAUGAACAAUGAGAGCCAGUUGGACAUCGUCAAGUCGCCUGUCAAGUGGCUGACCUGCACCGUCGUCGGUGGUGCCGACUACCUCUGGGACCCCGAAGUCGACCAAGAGCCCGAAGAAGGGUCUGAGCAGGAUGCCGAGGAAGGAGCUGAACAAGAUACUAAGCAGGGAGCUGUAGAGUUGUACGGCGCCCAGCCAGUCUCUGAAAAGGCCAAGGGCAAGAGACGCGCUGAAGAGGCCUUUGAUGAGGCCGAUCCCUUUGUCGAGUUAGUCGGCAAAGGCAAGGGAAAGAAGCGCGCUGUUGAGCCCUUCCAGGAGGAAGAUCUUGGCUACUACGACGACGAAGAAGACGCCGAGGGCGAAGAGGUCUGA